ACCCGAGCUACCCGACAUUUUUCCCUGCAACUCUUUCAAAGCGACGAUGGCAUUAUCGUUAUCCUCUUUGUAGCGGGCAGAUAUGCUUGCGUUAUGAAAUUUUUACGAGCGCACGACUAAUCUGGCCUGUAGUUUCCUUUGGUAUUUACAUCCUACUCGCGACCUCCAAAGAUGUCGGGAACCACUGAGUCUGCUGAAAGGAAGCUUGUCUGGAAGAUCGAUCUGAUUUUAAUGCCAGUUCUCACUGUGGCAUAUGGCCUCCAAUUUUACGAUAAAGCCGUUCUGGGGUCAGCAUCAGUUUUUGGAAUCAUUGAAGACUUGCACCUGUCCACAAAGCACAAUGGAGUCACUUCUACCCAACGGUAUUCGACGGCUAACGCUGCGUUUUACUAUGGAUACAUCGUGGGGGUACUCCCAAUUGCACUCAUCCUGCAGCGGGUCCCCCUUGUAAAGACUCUAUCGGCGUUCAUCUUCCUCUGGGGAGUCAUCUGCAUGCUCACCGUCGUCGUGACGAGUUAUCCCGGCUUGGUCGUACAAAGGAUUUUUCUAGGCAUAGUUGAGUCAUCAGUAUCUCCAGGCUUCCUUGCAAUAACUGCACUGUGGUAUACGAAGAAAGAGCAAACGGCUAGGCUUGGUAUAUGGUACAGCGCUACGGGAAUAUUCAGCAUGUUCUCGGGGCUAAUUAACUACGGCCUUGGACACGCUUCAGGAAAGCUAGCAACGUGGAAAUAUAUGUACUUGUUUGGCGGCUCUUGGACUAUCCUCUGGUCGGUCGUCGUUCUACUGGUAAUACCCACCUCACCAAACGAGCCCGGUCGAUGGUUCACGGAAGAAGAAAAAGUUCUGUUGAAGCAACGUUUAGCUUCUAACAUGACAGGAAAAGAUCAAACGCAGUGGAAAUGGGAUCAAGUCUUCGAGUCCAUCAGAGAUAUCAAGCUUUGGCUAUUUUUGCUUUGCGCAUCGGCUAUCUACGUGUGCAACGGUGGCGUCACCGCGUUCGGGGCGAGAAUCAUUACCUCGUUCGGGUACAGCUCGUUGAAUGCCAUACUCCUGCAGAUACCUGGUGGCGCGAUGACCUGUCUCACUAUCUGGAUAUCUGGAUAUUUUGCUGGGCGGUAUAAGAACAUCCGCACCUAUCUUUUACCGAUCACCUGUUGGCCAAUGAUUAUCGGUGCCGUUAUGGUGUGGAAAGGAUCGUGGAUACAUCGAGCUCUACCGCUGUGGGGGUAUUACCUCGUAGCGUCGUUUGGUGCCCCUUAUGUUCUGAUUCUAUCUUUGGCCGCUGCCAAUGUUGCCGGAGGAACGAAGAAAGCCAUUUGCAGUGGCAUGAUUUUCAUUGGUUAUAAUGUUGGUAAUAUUAUAGGAGGAUACAUUGUUUUGACUCCCGAAGCCCACAUCCACUAUAAAUCGACUUGGAUCGCUAUCAUCGUGUGCAUGUGCUUCGUGUCUGUCGCAUCUCUCGCGUUGCGAUACAUCUUGAACGCUGAGAAUAAAAGGCGGGACGGUCUCCUCACGUCGUCGACCCCCUUUCCAUCAGCCUCCAAAAAAGGUGACGACGAGCUCUCGAAGGCGGAGGAUCAGGAAGAGACGGGCAACAAGUUCGCGUUUGAAGAUCUGACAGACUUCCAGCAGAAGGACUUCAAAUAUGUUCUUUGAACUUAGAAUGUGCACUUUUAAAUGUUCAUUGCUCUCCAAAUAUGCUUGUAGAAACGUCGUCUCUAUAUUUUUUUUUCUUUUCCAGGGGUUAACAAUAUCGAUGGAAUAUUUUGUAUUACUGAUUGAAGCCAUGACUGAGACGACCCUCGCUCUUGGACCUAAGGAGAUAAUCCCAUGAUACAGU